AUGGUAGCUACGGACAUUACGCGGGACUUCGUGGGCAUCACUGUGCUAUUUGAGACUGGUCAAUACGCACGGCCACAGACUCAUCGACCAUUAUCUCGUGAUGCGCGUGUAGCUCAGCAGAUCUCGGAUCAGUUACGGCAGCAGGAGCUGUGUCUGCGUGAGCUGAAGGAACUUGUAAGCAAGAACUCCAUUAUCGGCGAGGACCCAAGCGCGCAGAUCGCGACGCUGACGGACGUGCUAAAGAAAGAGCUGGGCGUUAUAGAGUGCAAUAUUCAGAUGUUCCAGCAGACGGUCAACGCACAACGAGGUCGCCACCAGCAGCAUCACCGGGCGCACUUUUCCGUCGUGUGCCAAUCGCUCAAGUCACGUUGUGCCAAGAGCGUCAGAGUUUUUCAUCACGCACUCCAGCAACAUACAGCAGCUAUUCGGGAGCGCAGCUCGAGACGCAACAAGUUCUCGCAUGGAGGAGGCAAUCCCAUGGUACAUAUCAAUGCUCCGUUGUUUUCACGGACAAGUGCUACAGGGGUAAAUGGACAUCAAGUGAUGCCUACGAGUAAUGGUGCUUCCUUGCAGCCAGUACAGAGUCAACCGUCUCGACAUUCUGCCGUUGGAAAUGGAUUUCAAGCACCGCCGGAGCUGACGAGAGCUGGUGUCGCUCCAGCAUUGAAUCCACCAGCUCCUGAACCAGGUCUCCGUCGCCGUGCUAAUCUCGGAUCGAGUCUUUUUAUGCAGCAGCGCACAGCACCAUUGGGAAGUGCUGCUGGAAUGCAACAGCAACAGUAUCGUCCUCGUGAAGACGCCCAGACGAGGUAUAAUAAUGCGGCCCAGGUGGAAAGCACUAUCGUAGAGAUCACAGGCAUGUAUACUCGGAUGGCGACCAUGGUCGCCGAGCAAGGAGAGAUUAUAUCGCGCAUUGAUGACGACAUGGACAUAGCGCAAACCAAUGUGGAGGCAGCGCAUGGUGAGCUGCUAAAGCUCUUUAACAUGGUCCAGGGUAACCGGUCUUUGAUUCUAAAGAUCUUCCUAGUGCUGGUCCUCGUCAUUUUCCUCUUCGUCGUCGUCUUUUGA